AUGAAAAUCAUUGACGUUCACCAUCAUGCGUUUACGGAACCUGUACGUCGAAUUUUAAAUGUCUUCGAUAUGAAGCACUUCUAUUUUUCGGAGGGUUAUCAACUACUACUAGACUUUCUUCAUGAGCUUAAUGAUGCGGUUUUGAAUGUGAAGACAUGCGACGAUGUUGCUGUUGGCGACAAUGCCUUAAAAGUGAUAGAAAUGUUAGAUAAACUAUUGGGAUGGAUGGACUUAUUCCCUCCCGAGGAGUCAAUGGAUCAAAGGUACGGGAAUAAGUCAUAUCGGAAAUGGUUCGAUCACCUACAGAAUGAAAUGAAUAAUGUUGUAUCGGAUCUACUACCUGAUGAUAUGAAACCAGCAACCAUAGAAUUAUGUGCAUAUCUUGGAGAUUCGUUCGGAAAUGCUACCCGUAUUGAUUAUGGGUCAGGUCAUGAGUCCUGCUUCGCAAUUUUCCUUCUGUGCCUUUAUCGCAUUGGAUUUUUUACGGCCUCUGAUCAUCAAGCAGUUGUGCUCAGAGUUUUUGUGAAAUAUUUACAUCUUUGUCGCUCUCUGCAGACAGUAUACAAAAUGGAGCCAGCUGGCAGCCAAGGCGUGCACUCAAUAGAUGAUUUUCAGUUCAUUCCUUUCCUCUGGGGAAGUGCUCAAUUAGCCAACAACAAAUCGUUCGUUCCUGAAUCCUAUCUAAAGGCAACAACCGUGGAAGCAAACGCACACAAGUACCUCUUUUUUGACUGUGUGAACUUCAUUAAUCAGACAAAGAGCGGUCCAUUUUACCAACAUUCUAAUCAAUUAUGGAACAUUUCGGCUGUACCGACUUGGACCAAAGUGAACAGUGGACUAUUCAAAAUGUACGAGGGGGAGGUAUUGAAGAAGUUCCCGGUUGUGCAGCACUUCCGCUUCGGCUCGCUGUUUUCGUUUGAUGAACGUCCCAAUACGGGUCUUCCACCUACAGAACCAACUGCACAAACAGCCUCCACUCAGCCUGAGUUGGAAACUCGCAUGCCUCCCCCUACGAAUCUCGGUGCCCAGGCCACUGUGCAUCCUGUUGCCCAUGCUCAAAUCCCUUCUCCUCACUCGCACCUCCCGAAAAUUGAAGAAUGA